AUGCUGUGUGUAAGUGCUGUCAGACCAGGAUGCUGUUCAGAGAGAAGGGGCUCCCAGCAAAUCCAAGGCCUUCAGCACAUGGAAGCAGUGACUACAGCAGAGCUGUUAGAUGUAACCAGAGCAUCCCUUUCUUUACCCUCUCUGCAGCCCCUGCAGCUCCACACCCUCCAGAGCUGGAGGUACAGCACACAGGGACCUUGGAGUUACACUGCUUCUUUCCAGGAGCAGGAUGGUGAGAGGAUCAAAUGGCAGAGACAAGGCAUCCUGUUUGGAGCUGCCACAUCCUAUAUACAUCUAGAGAAGCUGUGUGAAGGAUCCUGUGCAACUGUGUACAAGGGGAUCAGCAGGAUCAACAGCCAGGUGGUGGCACUGAAAGUGAUCAAGCUGGAGGCAGAGGAGGGAGUGCCCUUUACAGCCAUUCGGGAAGCUUCUCUUCUCAAGUGUUUGAAACAUGCCAACAUUGUACUGCUUCAUGACAUUAUCCAGACCAAGGAGACACUAACAUUUGUCUUUGAGUACAUGCACACAGAUCUAGCACAGUACAUGGGCCAGCAUCCUGGAGGACUCCAUUCGUGCAAUGUUAUGCUCUUCAUGUUCCAGCUUUUGCGUGGCCUGGCUUACAUCCACCAACAACACAUUCUUCACCGAGAUCUGAAACCCCAGAACUUGCUCAUCAGUUGCCUCGGUGAGCUCAAAUUAGCCGACUUUGGCCUUGCUCGUGCCCAGUCCAUCCCCAGACAGACAUACUCCUCUGAAGUUGUGACACUCUGGUACCGUCCUCCUGAUGUGUUGCUUGGAGCUACAGCUUAUUCUUCUGAUAUAGAUAUCUGGAGUGCAGGCUGUAUAUUUGUGGAAAUGAUCCAGGGUCAGCCAAUAUUUGCAGCAACUUCUGGUAUUCAUGAACAGCUGGAGAAGAUCUGGGAGGUAUUGGGGGUCCCAACUGAAGACACCUGGCCAGGAUUUUCCAAGCUCCCCAACUAUAACCCAGAACUGGUUCCUUCCAGGAGACCUCAGAGACUCCGAGUCAUCUGUGACAGGAUGAGCAGGGUGCCAGCAGCAGAGAAUUUGGCCUCCAGGAUGCUCACAGCCUUCCCUCGAGGCCGAAUCUCUGCACAAGAUGCGCUUCUUCAUAGCUUCUUCAGCCCUCUGCCUCCUCAGCUCUAUCAGGUUCCUGCUGGACAAUCAGUGCUCACAGUUCCAGGGGUGAGACUGCAACCUGAAAUCUGUGACCUGUUUGCUUCUUACCGAAAAGGCCGUGUCUCAGGAGGUUCUAGCAAGUUUUGGUAG